CGAUGACGAGAGAUUGAGAGGUGACUGCGUCCUUCAUUGCCAAAGUUCGUUGAACAUGCUCAGCCGAUUGCAACGCUCCCUGAAGCCCGCAGUGCUGUCCCGCGGAUUUGCCGCCGCCGCGGACGGCCAUAAUUUUGAGCUGGCGCGUCCGUUCAAGCUGCACAACUUGGAAGAAGUCCCCGCCAAUGGCAACCACGCGUUUGCCACCCGCGACGAGUUGUUGGGGUACUACCGCCUCAUGUACACGAUGCGCCGCAUGGAGAUCACGUGCGACAACGAGUACAAGGCGCGUACGAUCAAGGGGUUCUGCCACUUGUAUGACGGACAAGAAGCCGUCGCGACGGGCGUGGAAGCCGCGCUCGCGCGCUCCGACUCGUGGAUCACGUCGUACCGAUGCCAUUGCACCAUGUUGGCCCGCGGUGGGUCUGUCGCGAGCAUCCUGGCCGAAUUGUUUGGGAACAAGAGCGGCGCCAUCGGCGGCAAGGGCGGGUCCAUGCAUUUCUACAACAAGAAGGAAAACUUUUAUGGCGGUCAAGGCAUCGUCGGCGCCCAAGUGCCCGUGGGUGUGGGUCUGGCGUUCGCGUCCAAGUACAACCACAAGGGCGACGGCCCUAUGCCGUGCUCCAUCACCAUGUUUGGCGACGGCGCCGCCAACCAGGGCCAGAUCUGGGAAGCGGUCAACAUGGCGGCGCUGUGGAAGCUGCCGGCGAUCAUCUGUAUUGAAAACAACCACUACGGAAUGGGUACCUCCACGGAGCGCCACUCGAGCAACCAAAACUACUACACGAUGGGCAACAAGAUCCCAGGCAUUUGGUGCGACGGCAACGACGUGCUGGCCGUCCGCGAGUGCGCGACGUUCUUGAAGGAAUGGACGGGUGCCAACAAGGGCCCGAUCUACGUCGAAAUGUGCACGUACCGAUACCAUGGCCACUCCAUGUCGGACCCUGGGGUCACGUACCGCAACCGCGAGGAAAUCUCGAACAUGCGCGCGUCGCGCGACCCGAUCGAAAGCGUCAAGAAGCGUCUGCUGGAAAGCGGCCUUGCCACCGCUGACGAGAUCAAGGAGAUUGAGAAGGACGUGCGGAAAGAAGUCGUCGAAGCCACCAAGGAGGCCAAGGCCAGCGGCCGCCCCGACGACGCCAUCGCGUUCAAGGACGUCUACUCGGACGCGAACGGCAAGAACGAGUUUCCUCCGUUCAUCCGUCGCCCAGAUAUCACCAAGAGCUUGUACCAUGGCAAGUAAACGCAUUGCUGGAAAUCGGAAUUUGAAUCACGAUACAUUUGAAUGUAAGGUUACUAUAUCUCGCUCACGGCUAGGGCGAUGUCAGGCCCUGGUCGGGUGGUAAAAACCCUGGACAUCCUACAGUAUACAUUUACGGCUUAUUAUCUGGCUCAAUUUAUCCGAAUUUUGAGUGGGG